AUGUAUUCUGAUGUCUACAUAUUGUUCGCAUUCAUGGGUUUCAUCAUCGGCUCCUUUGUAUUAUUUUUUACAAUCAAUGUUUCCAAAGCUCGACUUGAAACAAGAAAGAACACUGAAGUAUAUGUAAUCGAUUUGCCACCAAGAUAUUCAGAAGUGGAACCACCACCAUACGACUGGGUUCUGAAGCAUCAUUAUCUUGAAGACUAUUCAUCUAAAAUGCACAUGACAUUAAAUUUGUCAACAGUGAUGACUGUAAAGCGGGUAUUUUUUCAUCUUGCCAAUAAACUCGAGCAUCUGUUUGUUUCUUGGCGAAUUAACAACGCACCUCCCGUUAUGUUAUAA